AUGAACCAAGAAACAGUGGCGGCCAUUGUCGGAGCAGGCCCCGCCGGCGUAGCCACGGCGGCCUGUCUCAACCUUCUCUCCAUUCCCAACAUAGUUCUAGAGAGAGAAGAUUGCUGCGCCUCCUUGUGGAAGAAGAGGUCGUAUGAGCGCUUGAAGCUUCACAUUCCGAAGCAAUAUUGCCAUCUCCCAAACAUGCCCUUCCCGUCCGAUGAGCCCACAUUCGUCUCCAGAACUGGCUUCAUACAGUACUUGGACAACUAUGUUUCCCAUUUCAAUGUCAACCCUUUGUAUUGCCGCUCUGUGGAGUCUGCAAGUUACAGUGAGAUUGACGGAAAAUGGCGUCUGGUGGCUGAAAACUUGGUCUCUAAUGAGACCGAAGUCUAUGCUUCGGAGUUUCUAGUCGUUGCCACUGGCGAAAACGGUGAGGGAUUUGUGCUAGAGGUUUUGGGGUUGGAUGGCUUUGAAGGGGAAGUCAUCCAUUCAAGCAAGUACGAGAAUGGCCGGAGAUUUGGUCGGAAAGAUGUGCUGGUUGUCGGCACUGGGAAUUCCGGCAUGGAGAUCGCGUAUGAUCUCGCAAACUGGGGCGCCAAACCCUAUAUUUCUGUUCGCAGCCCGGUGCAUGUGAUCAGCAAGGAAAUGGGACAACUGGGAUUGUUCUUGUUGAAGUUCUUGCCAUGUGAUACAGUGGAUAAGAUAAUUGUGAUGCUGAGCAAAUUCAAGUAUGGAGAUUUCUUUGAUUAUGGACUCGAAAGGCCAUCAAAGGGACCCUUCCAUCUCAAACAGGUGAGCGGCCGGUCGCCGGUCAUCGACGUCGGAACCAUGGACAAAAUCAAGACAGGAGAAAUACAGAUCAUGCCAUCGAUAAACAGCAUAGUGGAUGGGGACACAAUUGAAUUUGCAAAUGGCAAGACAAAGCCAUUUGAGGCUAUAAUCUUUGCUACUGGCUACAGAAGCACAGUGAUGAAAUGGCUCCAGGAUGAUGGAGAGCACUUCAACAAAGAUGGGAUGCCCAAGCAAAGAGCUCCAAAUCACUGGAAAGGAAAGAACGGUCUUUACUGUGUUGGGUUUGCAAGAGCGGGACUGUUUGGCAUUUCCAAGGAUGCACAGAACAUAGCUCAGGAUAUUAGCUUCAACCUCCAGCAAAACAAAAUGUGGCCGCCAUUGAUGAAUGCUCUCAAAGGGCAACCCCUUGUUGAAAGCAAAUCUUGUAGCUGUUUCAAUUAG